UCCUCCGCACGGCUGGCUUGGUGGAUUGCUCCCCAAGACAAGCCCACCAAAGCGGCGACCAGAAAUAAACCGCAACGGCCCAAACCCAGACAGACUCCGAUUCCCCAAUUUCCGAUCCGCAAACAUGGGUUGGCGUUGGCACGACGACGACGGCGACAGCGGCCGGGGCCCCGCCGGCGUCCCCGACCUCGGCGGCGGCGGGGACGAGGGCGCGCAGUGCGCCACGCGCCGGGUGGUGCAGUCCCGCUGCCACACGGAGGAGGUCGAGCCUGGCCGAUUCGUCCGCAAGUGCGAGAAGACGGAGCAGCUCCUCCGCGACUGCGUCGGCAGGCCCUCGGAACUGGUGGAAUCCAAAACUGAGAACACUGAAGAAGAUGUCACAGAAGAAAUGAAGAAUGGUUCGCUUUCUCUUGGCUUUCCAACAAACGAGCCCUUUGCAUUCCCAGGACUUCGCAGUGACAUCGAAGCCCUUGAGAAAGGGUUGUUUGGGAGCCUUGACAGCGUCCUAAAUGAAGCCGAGCGGAUGACCAACGAUUUCUUCAAAUCUUUUCGUUUUCCCUCUACCCAUGACAGGCAACCAAGCCCAUUUCCAGGACAGCCUGCAGACAGGCACAUUGAGGAAGGUACUACAAAGAAGGCGAAGGAGGGUGACUACUCAGAAUUCAGCAGCCAGAUUUCAGAUGUGUAAGCAGCUGCAGUUAGCUGGCAUGUGUCUUUAGAGCUGAAACCUGGGAAGUGAGAGCUGUGGUUGACAAUCUUAGGUUCCUUAUCAUAUGUUUCUCUCUAGAACAAAUCGCUCACUUGGGAGUGGCAGCAGGUGCAGUUUAGACUCGCCUAAUAUGAAGCAAUUUACCUGACUCUGUCAGGACUAUUUCUUCUGGUAUGGUCAGUUUACAAGGCCAUUUUGUACAGCACUUUUUACAGACCCUGCAAUUAAACAAGUUUGCAACCUCGAGCGCAGGCUGUGCUUUGAGCUGAAAGUUUAUCA